GUGGCAACAUUGUUUGUGAUUUGUGAACGCGUUCUGGAUUCUGGAAAGAUUUCUGCCGUUUGCUGGUCUUAUUUUUAUAUAAAUACUAUAACAAUUGUUACAUAUAAUCAAAAGAAAUGUCUCAUACAAUAUUAUUAGUGCAACCGGGUUCCAAGCCUGAAACACGGACCUACUCGGACUACGAAAGCGUAAAUGAUUGUAUGGAGGGUGUAUGUAAGAUAUACGAAGAGCAUUUAAAACGACGAAAUCCAAAUACACCCACAAUUACUUACGAUAUAUCGCAGUUAUUCGACUUUAUCGACCAAUUGGCCGACCUCAGUUGCCUGGUAUACCAAAAAUCGACGAACACCUACGCUCCAUACAACAAAGAUUGGAUAAAAGAGAAGAUAUAUGUUCUUCUACGUCAAGCGGCCGGGCAGAGUGUUUAAAUUAUAUGUAUAUAUUGACUAUUGACUUUAUGUAACGUGAUGCACAUUAUUUGUAUAUUAUACCAACUUUAAUGUUGGUGAAAAUUUGUUUGCAUAGUUGUUUUGUGGGUAAAAACAUGUUUUUUCUAGUAUGAUUAUGCGUAUUUGGUCUCAUAAAAUCUCUUUCCCAGUAAUAGUUUAAUUUAAAUUGAUAGCGUUUUAUAAAAAUAAC